ACAAGGAAGGAGAGAGUGAGUUGGGGGAGGGAGCGAGAGAGGAAAGAUCAGACCUCCCCUUUAACCUGUGGCAGCAGUAGCAGCAUUCUUGAUCCAUGACAGUGAAACAGCAAGUGGUGUCCAUAAGUCUGUGGGAUUCUUCUGAGAGGUUCACCAUACACAUACACAGUAAACCACCAGAUGUGAAGAGAUUAUUAUGAGGAAACCAUUAGAGAUUCUGGACCCUACGAGGAAUCGGGGAGUGCAUUGUUCCUGUCAGGUUUAAGUAGAGUCGGAGUGUAACCAUGACCGGCACUCCAUAGACUUCGGACCACCGGACCCCCGAGCUGCCCGUCAACAAUGGAUCCCACAUUCCCCAGCAUCAAACUGGGGUCAGAUUGCACCCCUCUGGAGCGGAACAGCAAGCGCCACCGAUUGCAGCACGUCAGGAGGAAACUACGCCCUUCACGGAUUUUUGGUUUUAUCCUGAGCCUCUCUGCCCUCACAUUGUUCCUGUCCUGGAGUGCCUUUACCCUCACUUUGGGCCCGUUCCCGAGAUGGAUGCCACUCACCUCUUUCGCCAACCAUGAGGGACUUGCAGAGCCAGUGCCACACAGAACUGUCCUGUCUUCCAAAGAAGAGCAUAACGUUUCAGCGGAUACGCCCAUCGCCAUGGCCUCAACCGACGAACACAGCCAGGGCGACUACCCUGAGGAUCUGUUCACACUGGAGCAGAGGAGGCAGGGUGCUGUCUCGCUGCAUAUGUUCGGCAUGAUCUACAUGUUCGUCGCCCUCGCUAUCGUGUGCGACGAGUUCUUCGUUCCCGCCCUCACCGUGAUCACAGAAAAACUGGAGAUCUCGGACGACGUGGCGGGCGCCACCUUCAUGGCCGCUGGAGGGUCCGCACCCGAGCUCUUCACCUCUGUGAUCGGGGUGUUCGUCUCACACAGCAACGUGGGCAUCGGGACCAUUGUGGGUUCUGCUGUCUUCAACAUCUUGUUCGUGAUCGGGAUGUGCGCUCUGUUUUCACGUGAAAUUCUCAACCUCACUUGGUGGCCUCUGUUUAGAGAUGUCACCUUUUAUAUCAUUGGACUUAUUAUGCUGAUCGUCUUCUUCCUGGAUAACCACAUUACCUAUUUUGAGAGCAUUGCGCUGUUGGGCUGUUAUGCUUCCUAUGUCACAUUUAUGAAGUACAACGUGUCCGUAGAGACUUUGAUAAAGACUAAACUACUCAGGAAUCAAGUGGACGACAUUGAAGCUCCUAAGGUUAUGACUGAAGUAGUCGAUGAAGAAAAUAAACUUUCUGCUAAACCCCGCCUCCAGAGAGGAGGAAGCUCCGCCUCCCUCCACAACACUCUCAUGAGAAACAGCAUUUUCCAACUAAUGAUUCACACACUCGAUCCUCUCAGUGACGGGAAGUUCAAGGAGAAGGCAUCAAUUCUACACAAGAUCGCAAGAAAAAAGGGAGAAGAUGAGGCAAAUGGUGUUGCCGAUAAGAACCUUCCCAACAGCAGUAACGUGGAGGUCGAAGUCACUCCGCCCAUGAAUGGCAGCAUUGGAGCAGAGCCUGAGGAGGAGGAAGAGGAUGAAGACCAGCCUCUGAGCUUGGCAUGGCCAGACACACCGAGAAAGCAAGCAACAUACCUCUUAAUCUUACCCAUCGUCUUUCCAUUGUGGCUGUCACUGCCAGAUGUCCGCAGAGAUACGUCAAAAAAGUUCUUCCCCUUUACCUUUUUGGGAUCUAUUUGUUGGAUUGCUGUUUUCUCCUACCUGAUGGUGUGGUGGGCUCAUCAGGUUGGCGAGACUAUUGGAAUAACAGAGGAGAUCAUGGGUCUAACUAUUCUAGCGGCUGGUACCUCCAUUCCUGAUCUCAUCACCAGUGUUAUCGUCGCCCGGAAAGGUCUCGGCGACAUGGCCGUCUCCAGCUCAGUCGGCUCCAACAUAUUUGACAUCACUGUGGGCCUGCCAUUUCCUUGGUUACUCUUUGCAAUCCUGAACGACAUGGCUCCAGUGACCGUGAGCAGCAACGGUCUGUUCUGCGCCAUCGUUCUGCUCUUCCUCAUGCUCCUCUUCGUCAUCAUCUCCAUCGCCGUGUGCAAGUGGAGGAUGAGCAAGCUGCUGGGUUUCCUGAUGUUCUUGCUUACUUUGUGUUUCUGGUGGUCAGCGUGAUGCUGGAGGACAAGGUUAUCGUCUGCCCUGUCUCCAUCUGAUUCCUUUAUCACGCCCGCCGUUGUUCGUUUUCCAGGAACAGACCCUCCUUUAUUGCUCCGAAGGCACUCCGGGGCAUACGAGUUAUAACACUGAAGCUGGGCUGUGGCGCUGCAUCUAUAUAUCUACUGACGUCUGAGUAGCAGGGCUUUCCAAGCAGUAGUUUGUUAUGGGAAAGUAGUGCAAUAUUCUGCAUGCACUC